AUGACUGACAAGCUCCCACCGCCUUUGCUGGCCCUAUUCCAGCCCCGGCCACCGCUUCGCUACAUUGCCCCCACCGACCGCGCUCCAGAGGACUGCCCGAAAAGUACCAUCUCUGGCGUCGCUCAAUACCUAGCUGCAGCAAAGGAAUUUGAGGAGGAGGCCCCUUACAACGCAACUGAGUGCUGGUUGCAGCGCAAGUGGCGCGAGAAGGUUGAGAAGAAGGAAGCCUUGACCUCACAGUUGACCGAUGGCUUUCAAACCUUCAAUCCCAAGGAGGAUCCCCAAGCUCGAGGUGACCCCUUCAGAACACUCUUCGUUGCACGACUCAGCUACGAUGUGAAGGAAGCAGACUUGGAGCGAGAGUUCGGCCGCUUUGGCCCGAUUGAACGUAUUCGCAUCGUCAAGGACACCGUUUCGCCCAAAGCAGGAAAGAAGGCUCACCGAGGAUACGCCUUCAUUGUGUACGAACGAGAGAAGGACAUGAAAGCUGCCUACAAGGAAACAGAUGGCAUUCGCAUCAAGGACCGACGAGUCCUAGUUGAUGUCGAGCGUGGCCGUACAACUAAGGGCUGGAAGCCACGUCGUUUCGGCGGUGGUCUUGGCGGCCGGGGAUACACCAAGGCCAUGCCCUCGCGCCCCAUGGGACCAGGUUUCAGUGCGCCAUCCGGCCCUGGUGGAUUUGGUGGGGGAUUCCGUGGCGGUUUCGGUGGCAGAGGUUUCCGUGGCGGAGGCUUCCGUGGUGGUGGUGAUCGAUUCGGUGGUCGUGGAGGAAUCGGUUACCAAGGUGGCCGCGGUGGCUUCGGAGGCGGAGGCCAAGCUCCCCCUAAUGCUCCUUCUGGCCCUGGUGGUGGACGCGGAGGUGGAUUUGGAGGUGGCUACGGUGGUGGUAGUGGAGGCAGGUUUGAUCGUGGUGUAACUGGCAGCAACCGCGAGCCCGUUCGCCCCCGAGACGCAUACGCAGACCGCGACCGCCGUGACGACCGUGACCGAGGAGAUCGGGGCGAUCGGGGAGACCGCGAUGGUGGUGACCGUUACAGAGACCGCGAACGCAUGCCUGACCGCAACGGAGAUCGGUACCGCGAUCGUGACCGUGAUCGUGACCGCGAUAGGUACAGCGGUGGUGGCCGAGAUGGAGGCCGCGAAGGUGGUCGCGAGGGUCCCCGAGAGGACUUUGGACGCAAGCGACCCCGUGAGGAUGACGGCCAAGAUGACAACCGCUCCAGAAGACGGUACUAGGCGUUCUUUCGUCUUUCUUGUUACUUAUGGACAUUCCCCCUUCCCUUCUCAGUCUCGACUUGCUGGUGGGUAUCCCUGAUAUUGUCUUCCACAUGCCCUUUUCCGUCGUUAGGGCAAAGGGGGGUAAGACGACAGCCUAUGCGCAGAUAACAAUGGGGUCUGAAUUGUCCAGCACGAGCCUUCGAAGUUUCCCAACACACGCUACCGCUUCAUGCUUUUGUUGACCACAGGGUAUUCGGUUUAUCAUGCGAUCCUGCUCCCUGCAUCAGCAUGCACAUACCUUGGGUGAUCACCACGAAGUGUUUUUGUAUUCCCCGGUUUCCUUCCAGUUCCCCUCUACAUUUCGUUUCUGCAAUGCGUUCAAGUUCUUUUUUCGGAGGGUCCCUCAAGUGACCCUUCCUUCCCUUGGGGGUAAGUAUGUACUUUAGUCGAAGCAAUCUUUCUUAUUCAGGCGAUGGAAACCAGAUGGGACUACGUUCAGGUAAGAACCAGGUAAGGGCCACUGCAAUGACAUACGCGCAGGCGUCUUACUAGGUAGUCAAAAAUGGAAAUAUGCUUCUCUCUCUGG